UAAAGAAAAAAAGAUGAAGUGUUUGUGUUUGAUCGCUUUUCUAGCGAUUAUGACCGCACAAAGCUAUAGCGAUCUAGGAGUAGAAUCUGCGUCGAGUGAUGCAUUCGUGAGUAGGAAAGGCCUCCAAUUUAUCCUCAAUGGGAAGCCAUUUUACGCCAAUGGAUUCAAUGCCUACUGGCUCACGUACGAAGCCACCGAUCCGGCCACAAGGUUUAAGGUCACCUUUGCACUUCAAAACGCGACCAUCCACGGUUUGACCAUCGCACGCACCUGGGGCUUUCAUGAUGGCGGUUACCGUGCUCUCCAAACCGCUCCUGGUUCCUACAAUGAACUAGCGUUUCAGGGAUUGGAUUUUGCGAUAGCCGAAGCAAAAAGACUCGGUAUAAAAAUGAUAAUCACCUUUGUGAAUAACUAUUCUGACUUCGGAGGGAGGAAACAGUACGUGGAUUGGGCUAAAAGUAAAGGCCAAUCCGUAACUUCCGAAGAUGAUUUCUACACAAACCCUCUUGUUAAACAAUUCUACAAGAACCACGUCAAGACUAUAGUGAACAGAGUGAAUACCUUCACAAAAGUUGCAUACAAAGAUGAACCAACCAUUAUGGCUUGGGAGCUUAUGAACGAGCCACAAUGCAAAGCUGAUCCAAGUGGGAAAACCCUUACGGCUUGGAUUCGUGAAAUGGCUCCUUACGUAAAAUCACUUGAUUCAAAACAUCUCCUCUCUACUGGUCUUGAAGGCUUCUAUGGUGACUCCUCUCCUAAAAAAAAGGCUUCUCUAAAUCCAGUUGCAGCCAACGUUCUUGGAACCGAUUUCAUCGCUAACCACAAUAUUGAUGCCAUUGAUUUCGCAUCUUUUCACGCUUACCCUGACUCAUGGUUUCCAAACAUAGAUGAGAAAUCUCGAUCAGACUACUUAAGAAAAUGGCUGGAAGGCCACAUCGAAGAUGCGCAGAACAUUCUGAAAAAACCACUAAUCCUAGGAGAAUUUGGGAAACCAACGACUACACCAGGCUACACUCAGGCUCAGAGAGACGCCGUCUUCAACGCAACGUUUGACAUCAUUUAUGCGUCUGCCCAAAAAGGCGGUCCAGCCGCGGGAGCAUUGUUUUGGCACCUUAUAAGCGACGGUAUGAACAAUUUUAAAGAUGGCCUUUCCAUUGUACUUAGUGACAAAUCCUCGACGGUUAAUAUUAUUGGUCAGCAGUCACGGAAGUUGGGUUUGAUUGGUGGAAAAGGAAAAUGAAAUCGCAAAGUUAAAAACUAAAAUUUUAAAUAGAGUCAUACACUGAAAUGAUAGCCAACUUCUACUAUUUAUGA